GGCCGCUUAUUGCUCAUUUCGAAGUCCACGUCCCGUUUAGUUUGUUUGAAUCAGUGACGGUGUAACUAUCACUGUUUGACUCUCCGGCUUUUCAAAGCGAGUCACGCUAUUUAACAAUAAUACAAUUCUUUUCAUACCCAUUAUGAUUAUUGUUGGUGAAGAAAAUUAAAUAAAAAAAAGUGUUUCAAGCUACUGGUAGACAAGUUUUUGAAUACAUAAAAUACAGACAUCACGAAAGUUCUUUUUAUUUUAAUUAUUCUUAUUGUAAUUUUCUGCAGAAAAUUACACGGAAUCCUUGUGCGGGACAACUUUGACUUCCCUUACGAAAUUCGAUUUUUUUUGAGUUGUUCUUAGAGAAACUAUUUUACUAAAAAAAAAAGAAUAAAUAAAAUAGUGAACUGCUAUCUAAGACAUGAGUUUUUUCUUUAAUUUUGUGAGAUUUCUUUUUGAAAUAGUCUAAACAACAAAAAAUUGUGCAGUUUGAGUGAAUUUUACAGAUUUUUGAAAACAAAAAACGAGUGAACAAUAACUCUUAGAUAAAUAGAAAAACCAAGUCCUGAUAAGAAUUAUUAAAAAAUUGUAAUUACCAUUUACUAGCAUUUAUUUUGUAUAUUUUCUUUCGUGGAUUUAUAAUGUUUUCGAGGGAGUAAUUUGCAUAUCAGUUCCGUGAUGAUUAAUGUGAUAGUGAACAGUGAAAUCCUUGUGUCUAGCCUGUCAACUGUAGUGUAAUUUAUGAAUAAUUUUGAUGAAAGUAAUUAUGUCACGAAGGAAGCAGUCGAAUCCGAAACCUCUGCUAAAAAGGGACGACGAAGACUACCAGGGCGAAGAAGGAGGCGGAGGGGGGCUCCAGAGCGAUGGUCAGGGAUCACCAUCAACUGAAGUUGGUCAGUCAACAUCUCCCCGUAGUCACUCAGAGUCCCCACAAUCACCCAGAUCGCCCUCAUGCAGUACCCCAGCUCCCUCUCCUCAAGAAAUCCUGACUGAGGCGGCGCCGGAUCGCCCGUCGCCGCCAGAUAGUGUAAUAGAAAUGAACUGUGGUCGAGACACUCCACUCCCAAAGCCCACACUACGCCUCAAUACAAAACUGGCGUCUGAUCCAGCCCUACAGCCCGAAGCCAAGGAUCUUAAGGAUACCAUCAGACUGAGCAGUGAGGAUGAGAAGACUGUGGACAGGGUGGAGCAAGAGGAAGCGGAGAAGAAACUCACAAAAUCCUUAAAAGAUAUUCGAAUGGAAAAAGUCAUUCAUCCAACAAGAACGUCCCCUGUUGAUGCUCUUCCAGCCGCAGUACCCAGAAUGCAGGUUUUUACAUGCGGACCCUGCGGCAUUAGAUUCUCAUCCCUAUCCACCCUAGAGGCUCAUCAAACAUAUUACUGUUCUCAUCGGAAGGAACCAGAUGAUGCAGCAGGAGCUAAAGGAACAACUGCAGCAGAUUCUCCGGGUAGUCAGGAGCCACCAGUAAAAGCACAAAGAACUGGGAAGCAAUACGCAUGCAGUCAGUGUUCGUAUUCAGCAGACAAGAAAGUCUCCCUGAAUAGACACAUGCGAAUGCAUCAGACUUCGCCAGCACCUAGCUCUACCACAUCUAAUGGCGAUGAGCCACCUAGUCAAACAGCUCAAGUCGACCGCUACUGCUCCGACUGCGACAUCCGCUUCUCUAGCACCAAGACCUACAGGGCACACAAGCAGCAUUACUGCAGUUCCAGGCAUAGGGAUGGGCAAAUUGUCAACCAUGUUUCAUCCAAACCUCCAUCGAUCGUCAAAGGUGGUUCACAGAGUCCACCUGAAAUUGCUAAGAGUCCCCCAACGGCUCAACCUCAGGCAUACCUAGCCCUACCAACUAACCCAAUCGUGAUUGUACCAUGUUCCGUAAUCCGAGGCGCGAGUCUCUUACCAGGACCUCUUACAUCCCUCGCCCAGAAUGUUACAAAUCCCGAAGCAACGUGCUUCCUACUUCAGAAUGGAGCUCUAACGCCGAUUGCGCAAGCGCUUUCAGUGCAGGCCCCAAUAGUAAAUCAACCGCCUUCACGUGGUCCAACUCCUGCAUCUGAAAAGGACAAUGGCGUAACCGUCCCAGACGUUCUACGCGUAGUCAACAAGAAGGACCACCAGCAACUCCGUGACCCUACCAUUCCGCUUGAUCUCUCAGUUAGACGCUUGCCUACAUCUCGAGAACGUUCGCAGUCGUUCUCCUCCGUAGCUUCUGCAGACGCCAUCAGUCGUCCUGAUGUCGAUGUUAACGCGGAAGGCAAGGAAAAUGUCUCCGUAGGCAGUGAUUCCCUAACACCGGAACAAAUUGUCUGUGCUCCCUCUCUCCCUGGAAGUCCCCCACUAACUCCGUCUCCGAAGCGACGUUCCAAUAGUCCCAGAGGUGGUAGUAUUUCUGUAUCACCCAACUCUAUCCUGAUGCGUCCUCUUCUGCCGGCAGAUCUGACUCCCCAGGUACUUGUACGUCUCAAUAAUGAAGCUGUUCUGCCACCCCUGGUUCCUGGUCCUAGUCCAGGAGCUCCUCCCGCAAAUGCCGCUCCUCUGCCACCACAAAUAUUUGUGAAGCAGGGAGUGUCCAAAUGCAAGGAAUGCAACAUUGUCUUUUGCAAGUACGAGAACUACUUGGCCCACAAGAAACAUUACUGCUCAGCACGCAAUCUAGAUGAUCCAGAAGGGGCGAAAGUUAGUCCGCCAGUCAGUCCUACAGCUACUAGUCCUCUUACGCAAACAGGACCUCAGGCGGUGACUGUUGCAGGAGGAGGAUUGGCCUAUCAGCAGCUUAUUUGUGCUGCUUGUGGGAUCAAAUUCACUUCCCUAGACAACCUAAGCGCCCACCAAAUGUACUACUGUCCCAAAAGAGUGGAGCUUGCAGUUCAGCAAUCCCUUAUCCAGAAAGAUCGCUGUACUAAAUGUAAAAUCGUUCAUGAUCCCAAUAUUCCCUGCCCAUCGUCUCAUGUGGGCGGUUCCGGUUCUACCGGUGGCUACAAGUGUCCCAUCUGUGACGUCGUGAGCACGAAUGCUGCCGAAUCCCGACGUCACAUGGAAACUCAUGGAGGAGUAAAGGCUUUCAGAUGCUCAAUUUGUCGCUACAAAGGGAACACCCUGCGUGGAAUGAGAACCCAUAUUCGAAUGCACUUUGAAAAGAAAACCACUGACUUCAACGAGGAGAACUACAUCACAUGCAUCCUCGAGGAAGAUGGUGUAGAAAUUCCACCAGCAGCCCAAAUAAAUCCUGAAACACUCCAGCCACAGAUGCAUUCUUGUGAUCUCUGCAACUACUCAUCCAGCUACAAGGGCAAUGUGGUACGACAUAUAAAAUUAGUACAUUCUCAGACCAAUCAUCAGUCAAAUUCACCAAGUAUUGGCGAAGGUGGCGAGAGUCUCAUUCACAAUGGCAACAGCAGUGAUUUAUCCGGAUCCGGGACAUCGAUCAAAAUUUCCCUGCCACCGAGAAACACGUCCCGACCUUCGAGCCAAGUAUCAGUGUCAGUGAAAAUAGAACCUGAGCAGGAUUUCGCCAAGACUGAGGACGAACCGGAGCUCGUAAUUGACGACAGUGAUGUUGUGGUCAAAGUGGAAGCCAGUGAUCGCUCAGAGACUCCUCUAGGGCCUCCACCGCCCCGGAAAACUCCCUCUCCGGACGACUCAAUGGUCACCGGUGGACCAAAGUACUGCAAAACCUGCGACAUUCGCUUCAACUAUCUCAACACCUUUAUUGCCCACAAAAAAUUCUACUGCAAAGGUACCAAUGUUGAUGCUCUGUUGCCGGAAAGAAUUGUGGAUGUCACCACAAAUAACACAAGUCCCAAAAGAUCACCAACUUCCCCAGCACCAGCAGUUGUAACAACUUCGGUGCUCUAAGGAAAUAUCUAACGUUGAUCGAAUGAUCUUUUUUUUUUAUCUCAAGAACAUUUUUGAAAACUCCUUGGCAAAAAAGUCAAUUGGAGCAAUAUCAAGUGGCCAGUUGUAUACGAUAGUAAAAAAAUAAAUGAGAAAAGAAAUAGAGACUCACCUUGAUUCCCCUGUUGAACUGCAUAAUUGACUGUUUACGUAUACUCUUCCUCUCUCAAUCUCUCUUUUGAAAAACCUAAAAAGAAAAGAAACAUAGAAAAUAUAGAAAAGAUGAAAUAAACAAUUAACAAAAAAUAAAUAAAUGUUAUAUCAUGUGAAAAAUGGAAUUAUCUAAUAAUUAAUAAUUGAAAUUUGGAAAAAAUGGUCCGCCAUGCUGCUUAUAUAAAUGCCAUAUUCUCAAAAUAUAGAAAGCAACCACGUAAAAUAUUCCGCAAAGUUAGAAAUGAAACAGCUACAUGUUAAAACUAAUUAUUAAAAAGAAAGAUAACCAAGAAAUAGCCAUUAAAAUAAAAGUAUCAAACUGAAAUCUCUUCAACACAAUUUCAAAAUAUAUUUCACUCUAUAUUUAGAAGAUCCUCCUUUCGAAGGACAUUGUGUAAAUAAUUAAAAAUAAAAGAAAUACUUACAAAAGAAAAAAAUUGGCGAAAUAAUGUAUUCAAGAGACAGGAAAAAAAUGAAUAAAAGAAAAUAAUAAUCCCGUAUACGGUUUAAAAAUUAAAUAGAAAAAUUAAACUAUGUAAAGAAAACGUAAUUUUUCUUAUUUUUGAGAUAAAUAUAUCUUUUUAAAAAAAUUAAAAGUGCAAUAAUUUUUGUCAAAAUUUUAAAUACAAAAAAAAAGAAGAAAAUAUUGUGCAGUCUUAAAAUUUCCCUAUAUCGCUUUUUAUUGCUUCUGACUUCUUAAAAAAAAAUAAUCAGCCUAUUGAUAAAACCAAAGUUGAUCAUUUAUAAUUUUGACUUGUUUAUUGUGAAACGAAAAACACAAUUAUUUUCUAUUUCUAUUCAAAAUAUACCUAUUUACUUGUAAAUAAAAAUGAAUUAUAUUCAAUAACCGUGAAAAUCUGAUAAAAUGCAUUUAUAGUUUAACCUUCUAUAACUACUAAAAAUAAAUAUUUCUCUGUGAAAAGAUUUAAAAAAAAUAUAUGAAUAGUACCACGAUAUAUAAUUUAAAACACUCGAAUUUGUUAUUAAUUUCUAAUGUAUAAGAAUUAUGAGAAAAAAUAUUGUAAUUGCAGAUAUUGUAACUGGAAUAUUACAUAAAUAGCGCAAGAUGAUGAAGAAAAAGAUAAGAAAUGACAAUAAAUUAUUUAUUUGCAAAAAUCAUAAAAA